GUACUUCUACUUGAGUGAAGGAUGUGUGUACGUUUGCCAUCUCUAAUGAAAUACAAUAUACAAAAUAUACAUGAACAAUAAUUGUUUUCAGAUUGUUGGAAAAAAACGUUGCUCAGUUUUGCAAUCUUGAACAUACUACUAUACUACGAUACUGGUACCUUGCGUCUCAUCAUGUGAAAGGCUAGCUUACUUGUAGUGGACGUGGACGUCAAAAGUUGAAAACAAAGUUCAGUUAGGUUCAAUGCUCACCAUGCUAUCCCGCGAAGUGACAGCAUAACUGGUGGCUAUGGAGGAAGAUAAGAAGAAUUUGGGAUCAGUCUUGGCCCCAGAUCUAGGAGGAGAGGAGCCAGCUCUAGAUAGACCAGAGAGUUUGGGCCCAGAAGCAGUGAUUGGCAGGCAGCUCAGCGAACCAGGGCGCUUUGCUUAUGCUGGGCUCUGUGGGGUGUCUCUGGGCCAGUUGUUCCCAGGUGCCGAGAACAGGUGCUUCCGAGAGCAGUAUCUGCAGGGUCUGGUGGCCUGGCUGGGCCUAGAUGAGUCCGUCAUGCCUGUAAUGGGGGCCUUCUUGGCAGGGCUGGGCUUCGAGGGUAGCGACACCUUCCUCUCCAUCCUACAGGCGGAACCACUCUUGUCUGCUGGAGCGACCCCCAUCACACAGGACCUGGUUUCUUUCUCUGUCAAAGAUGCCCAGUACGACGCCAGGUCUCGGGUCCUCAUCCGCCAUGUCAGCUGUCUGCUCCGAGUCUCCACUCAGCAUCUGGAGGAGUUUGAGGAGUCUCUGGGCGAGAGACUGAGGGAGGGAGUUGAGGAGAGCGAAGAGGAGUCAUCUCGACGACAGAGGAAGGAGAGAGGGCGCAAACUACGUCGCUACCUCCUCAUUGGCUUAGCCACUGUGGGCGGAGGAACUGUGAUAGGGGUGACUGGUGGACUGGCAGCGCCGCUGAUGGCUGCGGGCGCGGGGGCAGUGCUGGGAGCAGGGGGGGCGGCAGCUCUGGGUUCAGCUACGGGCAUCGCCAUCAUUGCGUCCCUGUUCGGAGCAGCUGGGGCCGGUCUGACUGGCUACAAGAUGAAUAAGCGAGUGGGAGCGAUAGAAGAGUUUGAGUUUCUUCCUCUGAGCUCAGGGAAGCAUAUGCAUCUGACUGUUGCUGUGACUGGCUGGCUGUGCAGUGGCAAAUACAAUUCGUUCCAGGCGCCGUGGGGCAGUCUGGGCACGUGCGGGGAGCAGUACUGCCUGGUGUGGGAGUCUCGCUUCCUCAGGGACCUGGGCUCAGCCAUGGCCUCGCUACUGGACGGCCUGGUCAGCAUGGUGGCCCAGGAAGCCCUCAAAUACACCAUCCUCUCAGGUAUCGUGACAGCCCUGACAUGGCCCGCCUCUCUCCUGGCGGUGGCCAGCGUUAUAGACAACCCCUGGUGUGUCUGUCUCAGUCGUUCAGCGGAGGUGGGUAAACACCUGGCCCAGGUUCUGAGGAGCAGGCAGCAGGGAAGGCGUCCCGUUAGUCUCAUCGGUUUCAGUCUAGGAGCCAGAGUUAUCUACUUCUGUCUACAGGAGCUGGCCAAUGACCAAGGUUGUGAGGGAAUGGUGGAGGAUGUUAUCCUGCUGGGAGCUCCAGUGGAGGGCUGUCAGAAAGCCUGGGAGAGGAUGGCCAAGGUGGUUGCUGGAAGGAUAGUUAAUGGCUACUGCAGAGGGGACUGGCUCCUGGGUUUCCUGUACAGGGGUUCGUCUGCACAGAUGUCCGUCGCAGGGCUACAGCCAAUCAUCUUGAACGAUCGGCGCAUAACUAACGUCGACCUGUCAUCUGUGGUAAAAGGUCACCUGGACUACAUGCGUCAGAUGGACACCAUCUUGGUGGCGGUGGGCGUGCCCACCAGAGAAACUCCCGGAGCAUCGGCAGGUCCUCUUCAACCAAUCACAAUAUCAAACGGGAAAGUGGACUUCCUUGACCAAUCACUGCAGAAAGAGGGGAUGAACGAGCAGGAUGUUGAAAGUGGCUCGGUUAGUGUAGAGAUGGUGGGGAGAGGAGAGGAGAGGGGAGUGAAGGAGAUGGAGGAUACGGAUGACGGUUGGGACGUCCCCGAUAUUUCAGAUCUGCUUGACUCCCUGAAUGAUACAGGUGUUGAAUAUGGAACAGUAGGUAGGGAUAAUUCACCACACAGUCAUGUGGAGACUCGUUCGCAAACAGAAAUCGUUACCCCUCUUGAGCGUGAAGAGGUGGAGUCAGGUGGAGCAGAAGGGGAGGAGUCAGGUGGAAUAGGAGAGGCGGAGUCAGAUGGAGCAGAAGGGGAGGAGUCAGGUGGAGCAGAAGGGGAGGAGUCAGGUGGAGCAGAAGGGGAGGGGUCAGACAAUGAACACCUGUCCUGGAGUUGGGACACACACUGGACCACUGAAAACACGCAACAACAUUCACGCACAGGACACAAGUUGCAGGACCAACUGUCUGAUUGCGAUCCCACUUCUCAAAUUCCAAAAUCACACUUGAGUGAUGGUAGACGGCCUUUGCAUUCUCAAAAGAAUAAGAUUUCGGAACACACAAACGACUCAAAUGGCAAAUUAAAAUGAUGAACUCAGACUACAGGAACUAACCAUAAAUUCAAUUGGAACCUUUUUAGAUUUAUUUAACAAUGUGACCUUAACAUGUAUUGUCUGUAAUAUUUUACGGAUGAUUCUACUGUGAAAAAAAUGUGUUGCAUAAUUUAUCAGUAUUGAGUUUAAAAGUAUUCUCGGAAUGUGUAUAUACAAUGUAAAUUACAAAACUACAUUUCAAAUACAAGACUGUAAACCUAACUGUUUUUUGGUG